GUAGCGACUAGCUCCUGCGGUAACCCGUCCUCAGGCGCAGCAGAUACGAUCGCAAGAGAUGAUGGAAACUAUCGCUACUUCCUCCUCCAAACUCGUUUGCCCAUCAUUCCCAUCUCUCCUCCCUUCUCACGGCCGCUGCCUUUCCCGUCGGAGCUCCGCCCCUGCCGCCGGCGCCUCUGCCUCUUUCGGGCGGAGGAGGGCCCGCGGCGGCGCCGUGCGGGCGUCGGCGAAGGUGUUGGGCACUCGGAGGACUCUGACGGCGGGAUGGGAUAUGGCGAAGUCGCUGGCCGGGGGUUCUUGGAUGCCGAGGUUCGAGGAGCUCGACACCACCAACAUGCUCCUCCGCCAGAGGAUUGUCUUCUUGGCCUCUCAGGUGGAUACGAUGACAGCUGAUCUUAUUAUUAGCCAGCUCUUAUUUUUAGAUGCGGAAGAUCAGGAGAAGGAUAUCAAGUUGUUCAUUAAUUCACCGGGUGGCUCAGUUACUGCUGGAAUGGGGAUAUAUGAUGCCAUGAAAUUAUGCAAGGCUGAUGUCUCCACUGUUUGUUUGGGUCUUGCGGCAUCUAUGGGUGCAUUCCUUCUUGCUUCUGGAACAAAAGGGAAGAGAUUUUGCAUGCCCAAUGCCAGAGUCAUGAUCCAUCAACCUCUAGGAACUGCAGGAGGGAAAACAACAGAAAUGGGAUUACAGAUUAGAGAAAUGAUGUAUCAUAGGGUGAAGAUGAACAAGAUACUCUCAAGAAUCACAGGGAAAUCCGAGCAGCAGAUCGAAGCAGACACAGACCGUGACAACUUCAUGAAUCCUUGGGAAGCGAAGGAGUACGGGUUGGUUGAUGCCGUCAUAGAUGAUGGGAAACCUGGCUUGGUUGCACCGAUCGCGGAUUCCACCCCUCCUCCGAAAACACGUGUGUGGGACUUCUGGAAGAUUGAAGGAAGCCGAAAAGCCAAGCAAAACCUACCUUCGGAGCAGAAGCUUUUCCAAGAUGGAUAUCAGGGUGGGAAAGGAGGCGAUGAGGAGAAAGGCGAAGAAAAGCCUAAGGAGGCAACAACAUCAGUAUAAGUUGACGACAUCAGCAUGACUACUAAUCUUCUGCAAGUGAUUUAGUUGUCAUACUGAAACCAUCAAUUGAAAUUUCACCUGGUGAAGACAUGUAGAUUAGGGAACUAUCAAACAUACCCAUCGCUUGUAUAAUGUGUUGAAUUUUUAGGAUAAGUUUUUCAUGCAUUAUCACCUUGAGGUUUCAUUUUUCAACCUAUAUUAUUAGUUUGCAUGGAUUAAUUGUAGUGUUUUUUGUUUCACUACGGUUUGUCGGUGUAAAGUAAACUAAGAUUGCGGUAUUAUUUUGUGGCUUUGAAAGAGUAUUCUGUCCCUCA